AAAGCAGGGGAAGCGAGGAUUCCGACGAGUUACGGAAGCGUGAAUCAUGCCAAAAUCCACAAUAAAAUAAUGGUUAUUGGUUAACUUCCUUCAACAAAUCAUUUCUACAAACACCUUACCUGCAACACAUAAAAUUAAUGGCGAGAUGGUGGGAGAGUGUUCGGGAGCUACGACCAUUGCUACACUUGCUAUUUCCGCUAUGUUUUCACUGGAUCGCUGAAGAAAUGACGGUUUCUGUGCUCGUUGAUGUCACCACCGAAGCUCUAUGUCCAGGUCAAAACACCUGCUCUCAAGCUAUCUACCUCAAUGGUCUUCAACAAACUGUUGUAGGCAUAUUCAAGAUGGUCAUGCUUCCAAUUCUAGGCCAGCUUUCAGAUGAGUAUGGCCGUAAACCGUUGCUUCUCGUUACCGUAUCUACAAGCAUAGUUCCCUUCGCCCUGCUCGCCAUCAAUGAGUCAAAAGCAUUUGUGUAUGCUUAUUAUGUUCUUCGCACGAUUUCAUAUAUUAUUAGUCAAGGAAGCAUUUUCUGCAUUGCCGUUGCUUAUGUGGCAGACAUUGUUGAUAAUAGAAAGAGGGCAGCUGUUUUUAGUUGGAUAACAGGUCUCUUUUCGGCAUCGCACGUCUUGGGAAAUCUCUUAGCUCGUUUUCUUCCCGAAAAGUACAUCUUUGAAGUUUCAAUAGCUCUCUUGAUCUUCUGUCCGGUUUAUAUGGCAGUCUUUCUAGCCGAAACGGUUGAGUCGACUACUCCAAAGAUGGACCGGCAUGCAUCUUAUUUGAGUAAAACACUCACGGUUGUUCAGAAACGUUAUAGAACGAUGAAAUAUGCCGCUAAGAUUGUUUUGAGCACUCCGAUGCUGAGUAGUAUUUCGGUCAUUUCUUUCUUCUAUGAACUGGGAAUGUCGGGAAUCAGCACCGUCUUACUGUAUUACCUGAAAGCAGCAUUUGGUUUCGACAAAAAUCAACUUUCAGAAAUCUUGAGCAUGGUCGGUGUAGGUUCGAUUGUUUCCCAGUUGGUGGUGCUUCCGCUUGCUAAUCCGUUGGUCGGAGAGAAAGUAAUAUUGUGUGCAGGCCUACUAGCAUCAAUAGCUUAUGCAUUGUUUUACGGCUUGGCAUGGGCUUCUUGGGUACCCUACCUUGGCGCAUCGUUUGGAGUCAUCUUUAUCCUAGUUAAACCAUCGACUUAUGCAGUUAUAUCAAAAGGAUCAAGAUCAACCGAUCAGGGAAAAGCACAAACUUUUAUUGCUGGUGUGCAAUCAAUUGCUAGUUUGUUAUCACCAUUGGCAGUGACUCCAUUGACUACGUGGUUCUUGUCCACCGAUGCGCCUUUCGACUGCAAAGGCUUCAGUAUCAUCGUGGCAUCUCUAUGCAUGGUGAUCUCCUUAUGCUUUGCAUGCUCACUGAAACUGGAAUCGCCACCGGAUGAUGGAGAUAGUUUGGAAGCACCACUUGUAUCUUAACCAUGUAUACGGCUUUUUAGCUUAAUGACCUUCUCUAGAAGCUCAUUUUGCAAAAUGACCGUCAAAUGUAUUUCUAUGUUUUUUAUGGGAGGAGACUGUUUUAGAUCAGAAGCAUAUUGUUUUGAACUAGGGUUAGGUGACACGAAGGUUAUUGAGCUAA